CGUCAACCAUAAAUAGCUAGCUAGCCAGUUGUUGUUUUGGGGGAACACGAAAAGAGCUGCAAGCGGAAGAAACACCGGAUUUCAGCUUUUUUCUCCGCUCAUAUAGUUUUUAAAUUUUUUUAUACACGACUGAAAUAAUGUCUACACCUGCGAGGAGGCGAUUAAUGAGAGAUUUUAAAAGACUUCAGGAAGAUCCUCCCACUGGUGUGAGCGGAGCUCCGUCAGAGAACAACAUCAUGCUUUGGAACGCUGUUAUUUUUGGGCCUGUUGGAACACCAUUUGAAGAUGGAACAUUUAAACUGCUGAUAGAGUUUUCAGAGGAGUAUCCAAACAAGCCUCCCACAGUUCGAUUUGUCUCCAAAAUGUUUCAUCCAAAUGUUUAUGCUGACGGCAGUAUAUGUUUAGACAUUCUUCAGAAUCGCUGGAGCCCUACGUAUGAUGUUUCAUCCAUACUCACCUCCAUCCAGUCUUUGCUUGAUGAGCCAAACCCCAACAGCCCAGCCAAUAGUCAGGCGGCACAGCUCUACCAGGAAAAUAAGAGGGAGUACGAAAAAAGGGUAACAGCCAUUGUGGAGCAGAGCUGGGUAGACGUCUGAGCAUUUUUUCCCCUAUACCCUUUAUCUUCACACACACCCCUCUUCAUCAUCCCUCUUAUUCAGUCUCUCAUCAAUAAGUAACCAUAUCAAAACUCAAGUGCCACCCUGAUUUAAAAAAAAAAGAAGAAAAACACCAAAUCUGAACAGACAUUAACUUGCUUACCAAUACAUUAUAGGAAAUGUGGGAUGGUGGGGUUGAUCUUAUGUUAUGUUUUUUGAUUUUAUUUUUUUAUUGCAUGGUGUGGAAUAAGUUAUUGCUAACAAAUUUGUAAUAUAUCUUUGGUUGGACUAAAGCGGUUAAUGCCCAAGAUUUGAAAAACAUUUUUUUUGUUUUUCUGAUGAUGUGCUGGUUUGAAAAAGGACAUGCUAAAUGACCAAAUCGGCAUAUUUUUAAAAAGCUGUGGAAACGAACAAAAAAAACACGGAAAUGCCUUUUUAGAGUCCAUAGCAUCAGUUUUCCUCCGUCCAUCUGCAAAUGCAGCUGAGGAGGAACAGGUUGUCUGCUCCUGCAGAUUUCUGCUUCUUUUUGUUUUUAAAGAAUGAUUAAGUUGGGAUUCAACAAGGGUUACAGGACAACAAGAGCACAGAUGAAUCACGGCUGGCCAUGAUGGAGGUUUAUUAUUAGAGAGGGAAUAAUGUUUGUGUUUUGUUCUAAAAUGGAGAGCCCCGAAUUUUCCCUCCUAUGUUCAUGUUGGCACGAAAGGUAUGCAGGCAUGUUUAUUAAAAGCAAGAAUGACAGGAUUGGAGAAAAUAUGGUGUUAGGGAGGGAGUUUAAUGCUUCCAUAUCAUGUCUGCUGAUCCUCUGUUAUUCACACGUUUAUUUCUUCAUAGAAGAAAAUCAGAGAAGGGAGCAAAGGAGCUUUUUCCUCUUAAUGUAUAAUUUCCCUCCACAUAAAAAAUACUUUGUUCAUUUAAGGCCAGGGGCUUAAGUGUCCAUAGCUUGGAUGGUUCUAUUAAAACCAAGCUGCAUAUAUAUUAAAAAUAAGGUCAAGAGAACCAGAGAUUUAAUCAUUUGAUUUGGAAUUUUUACAAAACAAGCUAUUAUAUUGAAAAUUUAAGCAUUUUUACAAUAACUUUGUCUGCAAUGUUUAUUUUUUUGUUUUUGUUUUGUUUUUUGAUGGCGUUUCCUCUAAACAUCAUUACUACAUGACUUGCCCUACCUAGUAGCAUCUGCUCAGUAAUCAUUCAAAAGUCCCCCUUUCUUAAACGAAGAUGGUCAUAUUGUGGCUUGUGACUUAUUUCACCUAGUAAACAGAGUAUGCUAUAAAAUUUUGAGAAACAAAUGUAUACUUAAAAUAAUAUGCUGUAUAAAACAUAAUAAAACACAUUUUUCAGAC